AUCAAAACUCAAUCUGAAGCCCUAUUAUGGUGUAAAAGUAAAGCAAAGCAGCAGAGCAAAAUUACUAGUUCCACGCACACGCAAUGAUCUCUGCCAGCAGGGCCUUGAGCUUCAAAUGCUCACCAUACCCUACCUUGUGCAGCAAAACCCACAUGGAAUCGCCGCCCAGAACAACCCUCCGUUGCUGUACAUUAUCGAGGUCUUCUUCUCUCUCUCCUUCCUCCAGUGAAGUUGAGAGAGAGAGCGCUGGUAGUAGUGGUGGUGAUCAAGUCGUAAGCCUCCAAGAAUGGCAGGCUUGGGGCACCGCCUCUCCAGUACCCGCCAUGGUCGCGGAGAUUGUUGAGGACAUGAAGUCUUUGGAGCGAGACAUCGAUGCCCAGAUGAGCUUCGGUGGUCUUGGUGGCAAACUCCAGGGAGACUUCAAGGUCUACGAGGAUAAAAAACAUAGAGCAAAAUAUCAGGCUUUAGGUGAUUCUGAAAAGAAGCUCCAAUUCUUUUCAGCUCGACAAAUAGCAUGUCGCUUGCUAGGUAGUAGGGGUUACCUUUGCCAGAAGUGCUGGCUUCCUCUAGAGGAUUGCAUGUGCUCUAAACUCAUACCCUGCUCUCUCUGGCAUGGCAUUCGGUUCUGGUUGUAUAUGCACCCAAAGGAUUUUCUACGACAGAACAACACAGGGAAGUUGUUAUGGCAAGUGUUUGGUGUUCAAGCUGCAACUUUGUGCCUCUAUGGCAUUUCUGAGCAUGAGCAAAUAAUGUGGAAUGCAUUUAAGCUUGCAGGGAAAGACAAGGUUUGGUGCCUUUAUCCCAACAAGAAUGCACCAACAAAGUCGGUUCAUGAUACCUUUAGUCAAGAUUCUUCACCAGUUCAACAAGGUGGUAAUUUUCAUGUUGAUUCUGCACAGACAAAUGGAGAUAAAACUCUGCACUUUGUUUUGCUUGAUGGUACAUGGAACAACUCUGCUGCCAUGUUCAGACGUUUGAAGGAUCAAGCAAAUGAAAUCUGGGGAGAGGACCUUCCUUGCAUAUCUCUUGCCACUGGUGCAUCUGCAAUGCAUAAACUGCGACCCCAACCAUCAUGGGACCGAACAUGUACAGCAGCAGCAGCAGUUGGCCUCCUCAGUGAGCUGCAACUUCUUCUGGAGUUGAGCUCAUUUGGGUUUGAUAAACAGGCUGAAGCAGUAGAGGAUGCUUUAGUGGUCUUGUUAGAUGCACUUACUGCGAGACGGCUUCGCAUGGGCAGGUCGAUCAGUCGCAGAGAACGACACAAGAGCCACAUAUGUUAACAGCUGACUAGAAAAUAUGGCACCGACAAUUGUUGAAGGAAGUUUUUCUGGUUUCUCCGACGGUUGAGGCUCUAUCGAUUAUAAAAAUUACCCUAAAUUACACUUGUUUGUCUCCUUUUUUGUUCACUGAUUUGCAACUGUUGAGGUACCUUGGUUAAAUCCAGUGCCUAAACAUUAGUUAUUAAUUUGAGAAAUUAUUUUUUAGUUUGAAAAA